UCCAAGUCUUGACCAAAAUAGUGUUAUUUCGUGAGACUUGUUAUAACAGCUAGUUUUUUCUGAAUAGUUGGACAAUGGCAGGGGAGGGUGUCGAGGACACUUUCAGAGAGAAUGAUAGCGAGUUGGGGGACUGGCAGCUAACGCUGGCAUUUACGAGCCCUCGGCACAUGGAGAAGAUAGAAGGAACUAAAUCUGUGACGCAGACAUGGAGAAUGAAAGAAAGGAUGAAGACUGUAAGUGUGGCCUUGGUGCUGUGCCUCAAUGUUGGUGUGGACCCACCAGACACUGUGAAGACUACACCCUGUGCAAGACUGGAGUGCUGGAUAGACCCACUUUCAAUGAGUCCGCAGAAGGCUCUGGAAGCCAUAGGCACCAACCUCCAGAAACAGUAUGAACGCUGGCAACCCAGGGCCAGGUAUAAGCAGAGCUUGGACCCCACUGUAGAUGAAGUGAAGAAGUUGUGCACAUCUCUCAGACGAAAUGCCAAAGAUGAGAGAGUGCUCUUUCAUUAUAAUGGUCAUGGUGUGCCCAGACCUACAGUGAAUGGAGAGAUAUGGGUUUUUAAUAAGAGUUAUACACAGUAUAUACCACUGUCAGUCUAUGACUUACAGACUUGGAUGGGGAGUCCUUCAAUAUAUGUCUAUGACUGCUCCAAUGCUGGCAUCAUUCUGGAUUCUUUUAAACAGUUUUCACAGCAAAGAGAACAAGAAGGAGAUACUAGUUCUCGACAAUCUGCUGCCAACAACAAUUUUAGUUCACCAUCAACCAUGUUGUCUGCAGCGGCAGUGAAGAGCUGCAUACAGCUGGCAGCCUGUGGGCCAACAGAGCUCCUGCCUAUGAACCCAGAACUUCCAGCCGAUCUUUUUACUUCCUGUCUAACUACUCCCAUCAAAAUUGCCCUUAGAUGGUUUGUAUUACAAAACACAGCCAAACUAGUGCCUAGUAUAUCUAUGGAGCUAGUUGACAAGAUUCCAGGCCAGUUGAAUGACCGUAGGACUAUGCUUGGAGAGCUGAACUGGAUAUUUACUGCAAUAACUGAUACAAUAGCUUGGAAUGUCCUUCCUAGGGAGUUGUUCCAGAAACUGUUUCGCCAGGACCUCCUCGUGGCAAGUUUAUUCCGUAACUUUCUGCUGGCAGAGAGAAUCAUGAGAGCUUAUAAUUGCACCCCUGUCUCGGCGCCCAGGCUGCCUCCUACCUACCAACACCCAAUGUGGCAAGCAUGGGAUCUGGCACUAGACUUGUGUCUGUCACAACUGACGGGGAUUUUGGAUGAAAGCAGCACAUUUCAGCACAGUCCGUUCUUUGCGGAGCAGCUCACAGCAUUUCAGGUGUGGCUGUCAUAUGGAUCAGAGCUGAGGAGUCCACCUGAACAACUUCCCAUUGUGCUUCAGGUAUUGCUGAGUCAAGUCCAUAGACUACGAGCUCUGGAUCUCUUGGGAAGGUUUCUGGACCUGGGUUCGUGGGCAGUCAGUCUUGCCUUGUCAGUUGGUAUAUUUCCCUAUGUGCUAAAACUACUGCAGAGCUCAGCUAGGGAGCUGAGGCCACUGUUAGUGUUCAUAUGGGCCAAGAUAUUAGCUGUGGACAAGUCUUGUCAAGCAGACCUUGUAAAGGAUAAUGGCCACAAAUAUUUCCUGUCAGUUCUAGCAGAUCCCUACAUGCCAGCAGAACAUCGAACCAUGGCAGCAUUUGUCCUGGCAAUGAUAGUGAACAAGUACCAGCCUGGCCAGGAAGCCGCUAUGCAGGGGAAUUUGAUCUCUAUCUGCCUGGAACAGCUGGACAGUUCCAAUGCACAGCUAAGACAAUGGCUGGCACUGUGCCUGGGCAAGAUCUGGACCAACUUCAGCGCAGCCAGGUGGUGUGGAGUGAGGGACAGUGCCCAUGAAAAACUGUAUACUUUACUGAAUGACAAAACCCCAGAGGUGCGGGCUUCCACGGUCUAUGCACUGGGCACUUUCAUCACCAGCACCCAUGAGAGGACAGACCACGCUAACAAUGUGGAUCACAAUGUCGGGAUGAUGCUUCUUACCAUUGUACAAGAUGGAAGCCCACUGGUCAGAAAG